AGCUGGUGGCUGGAUUGAUCCAUUCUAGAUGGGGAGGGGAGCUCCCAGGACUCUCAGACUGGACACAGUUUCUCACAAUUUUAUUCAUUGAUGGUUUUAAAGAUGGUUCCUGAAAGAAUAAUAUCUGCUGCAGUGAUUGGAUGAAGGAAUUUCUGAUGAUAUAUUUAUAUGAUAUCGGGGGGCUUAUUGAUCACACAAUACACAGAUGCAGGGAAAUCACUGGAUAGACUGACGCGGGGCUCCAUUUUGCAUGUUGAGUGCGAGGUUUGGCUUAGCGCAGGUUUGAAACGCACCAGGGCGAUGAUUAAAUCCGGAGUCUCUUCCAUUCUGUGCCUGUGGCUUACCCUGAUUUUGGUAGAAAGAUCGGCUGAAUCGGUUUCCAGAUCAACAGACACCAAACCUGGAGAAUUUGGCAAACGUUACACCGGACACGUGGACCGAAAUAUCGAAGAACUCUAUUCAUUUAAUUACACCAGCAAACCUGGAAAGGUGGAUGCUCUGCGUGUUUUUGUGACCGCUACAACAACUAACUUGGAGUUCCCUGUGCUGUUCGUGGUCCGUCAACAGAAAAGUGUGCUAUCGUGGCAAGUUCCCUUGGCCUUCAGGGGCAUCUACCAGCGGAUCUACACCUACCAGGAUGUCAGCCGCACUCUGUGCCCAACAGAAUCUGAGAGCAAGGCAGAGCCUUUGGACCAGUACAUCUAUAUCGAUGUCGCCUCCCUGUCGCCAUCUAGUGUUCAGUACGAGCUGAUGGUCACCCGACUCAUUAACUUUGAGCUGCAGACCAACCAGUUGUUCAAUUUCAGCGCCUCACCAUCACAGCCCCAGUAUUUUCUGUAUACGUUCCCUGAAGGUGUGGAGUCGGUUAUUAUCAAGGUGAAGUCCACGCAGGUCUAUCCGUGCUCCGUGGUCUCAGUGCAGGACAUUGUGUGUCCAGUGUAUGAUUCGGAUCAUAAUGUGCAAUUCAAUGGCGUUUACCAAUCCAUGACCAAGAAAGCCGCAAUCACCAUACAGCGAAAAGAUUUCCCCAAGGGUCGGUUUUACGUAGUGUUUGUCAUCAAACCUGAAGAUUAUGCCUGUGGAGGAUCUGUGCCACAAUCCACUCAGGGUUCUAGUAACGGCACGUGGAAUCUGAAACGCGAGAAGGACUUUCAAGUGUUCAUCACUCCGUCUAUAAACAGUUCAGUCUACAUCCAAUCCACCCUUCUGUGUUUACUCUUCUUCUUCAUCUUUUACCUGGGAUCACUGCUUGUGGCAUUGGUGCAUUAUAUCAGUGUUCGCAGGAAGGGAUCGAUGCUGAAAAACAGCCCAGAUGAUGGAGAGGGGACAGUGGCAGCUUCACACCCCAUCGCAACCACCACCCCAGACGGAUCAAGCUAUGGAGCAAUUGAUGAAUCAAGCCACCGAGCUGCCAAACUGCCACCACCUCCACCCACCACUCGAAAUCGAGUUUACUCUGACAGUUCUGUGGACGAGGAGAGUGAUUUUGACGCCAUACCAGAGAUGGAGAGUGAUAAAAAUGUAAUUCGACCAAAGAGCUUCCUGUACGUAUCAGAUCUCUCGGUAAAGGAUAAGCGAGUCGUCAGUAAAAAAUACAAGAUUUAUUUCUGGAAUAUCAUUACCAUCGCUGUGUUUUACGCUUUACCCGUCAUCCAGCUGGUUAUCACCUAUCAGACGGUGGUAAAUGUCACCGGGAAUCAAGACAUCUGUUUUUAUAAUUUCCUCUGUGCGCACCCACUUGGUGUUCUUAGCGCUUUUAACAAUGUCAUGAGUAACAUGGGACACGUCCUGCUUGGAUUUCUCUUCCUGCUCAUCGUGCUACGCCGGGACCUCCUACAUCGCAACCUGGUGGAGUCAAAGGACAUCUAUGCUAUGGAAUAUGGAAUCCCCAAACAUUUUGGACUUUUCUACACGAUGGGAAUCGCUCUCACCAUGGAGGGGGUCUUGAGUGCUUGUUACCACGUCUGCCCCAAUUACUCCAACUUCCAGUUUGACACCUCCUUCAUGUACAUGAUUGCUGGGCUGUGCAUGCUGAAGUUGUACCAGACCCGUCACCCCGACAUCAAUGCAAGCGCCUAUGCAGCCUACGCCUCUUUCGCCCUUGUUAUAUUCCUGGCGGUCCUCGGUGUGGUUUUUGGAAAAGACCACGUCUGGUUUUGGAUCAUCUUCUCCAUCAUCCAUGUGAUGGGCUCGCUCGCCCUCAGCACUCACAUCUACUAUAUGGGUCGUUUCAAGAUCGACGUGUCUAACGCAGAUUUUGGAAUCUUCCGUCGGAUCUUUCAGGUCUUGUACACAGACUGCAUACGGCAAUGUAACCGCCCGAUGUACAUGGAUCGGAUGGUUCUACUAGUCUUGGGGAACGUUGUGAACUGGUCCUUAGCCAUAUUUGGGCUGGUCUAUCGCCCGCGAGACUUUGCCUCCUACCUGCUGGGGAUCUUUAUCUGUAACUUGCUGCUCUACCUGGCGUUUUACAUCAUAAUGAAGCUCCGCAGCUCCGAGAAGAUCCAGCCACUGCCGCUAUUCUGUAUCUUCGCUACGGCUAUUGUUUGGGCCGCUGCUCUCUAUUUCUUCUUCCAGACUCUGAGCAGCUGGGAGGAAACCCCUGCCCAAUCUCGAGAGAAGAACCGGGACUGCAUCUUGCUGAAAUUCUUUGAUGACCAUGAUAUUUGGCACUUCCUGUCAGCCUCUGCCAUGUUUUUCUCUUUCUUGGUCCUUCUCACUCUUGAUGAUGACCUGGACACUGUGCCAAGAGAUAAAAUCCCUGUGUUUUAGGGAAGAGAAACGUCUCUUUUCCAGUUCCAUGUGCUUGUGGUACGGGGCGAAGUUUCGUGCCAGCUGCUAGUGGCUAAAGGAGGUCACCUCCUGUGGAUCACGGAAAGAAGAGACGGGGAGACUGGUUGUCCUCCGUUGGGAGAGUGAGGUUAAUCCUUUCUAUGGCCCAGUGGAUGUUUACAGAACAAACCGUUUAUGCUGCCUACACGACGAGCCCUCGCUGGGCCUCCACAGGAACUCCUACCUACAAGGCCAGUCACCUGCUCACAAUGAGUUAAACAGACCUAAAAAAAACAAAAAAUGGCCAUAAACCCCAAAACAUUUGAACCUGCAUUUGAUUUUUCCCACAUUAGUGGCCAAAUGGUCAGUCUGUGGCCACGACCUGCACACUCGCGCUUGUGAAAAUCGGACCAUAUUGAGGAGCCAAACUUCGUUUUAUUAAAUGUUCAUUUAGUGAAUUGUGUUUUAAUUUAUCUCAGGCAGAGCACACAGUGCAUGACGUGGUAUAUUUCACAAUGUAAAUGUGAUUUUAAUUAUCUCUCGCUCCAAGCGUAUAUAUAUAUAUAC